AACACCUCCGCCAGAUCACACAUCAUGUUGCUGUCUGCUGGCAUCUUCGUGCUUCUGGCCAUCUGGGCCGGGCCGCAGGUUGAGGGCAAGGAUCAGAUUGUCGGCUACAAAGAAAUGAAUCAGCUCUAUGCGAGUUUUAAACAGGUGGACAUGACGUAUGGAAUGGUUGCUACAGAAAUUGAACGUUCAAAGAAGACAUAUAAGCGGUGGGAUGAUGCAAUGGCAAGAGAAAAGACCUUUUCCAGAAUGAUCUCAACACAAGAUGAAACACUGAAGAGCGCGCGCAGAGAAAUCGGACGCCUCGAUCCUCAGAUGAUUGUAAUGACGGAGGAUUUUGACAACUUAAACAGCAACGUGACUCAAGAAUUCGGGAACCUGCACUCCGUGAGUGAGCAUAUCGACGAAGAGCUCGGUACAAUUGAAGCGGAUACCCAAACGUAUGCUGUCACCUUUGAGCAAAGUAUGGCAGACAUUAACCAAGCCAUUGAAGAUCAGAAGCGAAGCAUUCCAGUGUUGAUGCUUCAAGAAGCAGAUCGCCAGGCUCAAGUAAGAGAUGACUUCCGACGGGAAAUUGCUGAGUACGAGAGUGCAAGGGAACAAGAGACGACUUCAAGAGAAGAACUUAUGCAAACGGUCGACUCUACAAUCGCUGCUCUAAGGGCGAGGGACCAGGCAUCACACGACCGCGCCGCAUCUCUGCAAAUCAGAGUCCAACAACUGAUUCAAGAAGUUGAAGGAAUCUUCAUCCGAUCUAGAGAGCAAGGUUCGCGGCUGGACACCGCAAAUGCCUCGUUUAGCGGAGACAGGCAACACGUCACGAACUUCCGUACCUCGUUUAAUACUCAUCUGCAGCAGUUUAAUCAUAUUCAACAAAUGUUAGCUACUAUACAGGCAUCAGUCGCGGAGCUACAGACCAGAAAGGGGCAGGUACAAGGAUAUACAUCUCACCUCAAUGAGCAUAUCCAAGAUCGUCAAUCUCGCCUUGACGACGAUGACCAACAACGAGCAACUCUUCUGCAACAAAUCAGAGAUCUCCGUAACGACCAUGGGCAGGACAACAAUGCCAAAGACCUGCGUUUGAAUGAUGUCGAAGCUACGCUUGACAAUUUGGCUGCAGAUACAGCGGUAACUGACACAGCAACGCAAGUGGAGACCACCCUUCGAAACCUACAGACCAACAUAAUCCCUGAACUGAGCUCUAAGGUUGACCAAAAUCAAAACAUGCAGGAUUCAAUCCAACAACAACAAAGCAGCCAACAGCAGUCCAUCCAGUCGGAGAAUGCCGACGUCCAAGCAUUCAGCCAGGGUCUACAGGCAUUUAACCAUCAAAUAGAAUCAUUGGAGAACACACACCAAAUGCAAAUCUCGAACACAGAAGCUCGUCUGCUGGCAAUGGAAACGCAGGCGAACACUGCCGACUCUGAUAGUUCAGACACUCUCACCGCUCUACAAAAUAUGAUCAACGUCCUGUCGGAACACGUGGACAUCGCCGAAGAACAGUUUGACCAGUACCCGAACCCCUCGGCCAUUUCGGACAGUGCUACCAGUGUGGGGCAAGCGAUCCAAGGUGUAGAAGACACCCAAGCAACACUUACUGCCGUAGAGCAGCAGCUCACCGACUCGAUGUCGGAAACAGACGGAAGAUUUAACGAGUUAGAGACAAGCGUUGCUGAACAACAGGACUCCCUACAGCAAGCACAGGCGAACCUGCAGCUGACAGCCCAGAGCUUGAACGCAGCAUCUGUCGUAUCUUCUUCCAUUGCAAAUCUGGAGACACAAAUUGAUGAAACCACUGAAGGGAGUGUCACCCUCGUCCAGUAUCAACAAGGGGUCAACACAGACCACCAGCGUGUUCAGACAAUACAGGCUGCUAUCCAGCAACAGAUAGCCGCGAUCCCAGACGACGAAGUGCAGCAGACAUUGGCAGUCGCCAUCGGAGAAGGCACGGAGGAGAUGACCAACCAACUCAACGACAUGGGAACGUCAGUGGACGCAUUGAAGGCCAUGGCUUUGGCGAUCUCAACUUCUUCAGAGAUCACGCUUGAAACUCUCCAAGACGCCUUGAAUGCCAUCAAUACUGAAAUCUACAGUCAUGAGAUAGAGAUAGACGAACUGGAAAGUAGUCUGGAAGGAACGGAAGGACUGGAGGAGGCAGUACUGAACAUGGAUGAGAACGUCGCGGGGAUAACAAGUGACACCACCAUUAUGUCCAACGACAUCUCCAGCAUCGAGCAAGCACUGCAGUCAACUUCCUUCGAUUACUUUGAAUCGGGCAGCUAUUACCUAGCGUGGCGUUACCAAACCGACUGGUGGGGAAUAAGAAGUGACCACCCAUAUUCAAAUAUGCAGACGAGGGACAUUCGGUUCAACAAUGGCUUCCGGAGAAAUCCUAUCAUUUAUACCACUAUUACCAAGUUGGACAUGAACAAAGGCAAGACCAACAGGUUGAAGGUCUACGUAGAGGACGUAACUCCAAACGGCUUCCGGCUGAACUUCGGUCCAUGGUCUGAUACGAUUUUGUACGAGGGGAAUGUAGACUGGAUUGCCAUUGGAACCAAGGCAACCUGAUCUGGCAAGUGUGCUCUUCAUUCGACUAAAGGUUGACUCUCACUGCAAUUGUGGCACCGAUGCGGCACUGCGGGGUUCGCGAGAUGCUCGAAUUUUAGAGAUAAAGAACGAAUAAAUUUUCCUACUUUUUGUGUAUUUUGUCUUCUUCUAAUUCAAACUUUUACGUACUUAACGCAAUAUCUUAUUUCUAAAAAAAAAGGCGGAGGAAAUAACAAAACAGUGACGCAGUGAAAGAACCCCGCAGUGACGCAAACUUGACGCAAGUGCAGUGAGAUACCACCUUAAGGCUUAGGUCCCAAUUCCCUACCCGGAGCCCGGCCAGGUAUCUUUCGGAAACGAAAAAUAUGACAUAAAAUGCAACAAAACACACAGAACGUAAAACAAUUAGUCAUUGUAUACUCCUUGGUGAACACGUUUUUUGUUUCCGCAAACAUCUUGGCCGGGCCCCGGUUCUGAACUUGGACCUUAGCCUAAAUUAGCAAGGGAUCCUAAAAGCGACAUGAUGAUAUCGACAGUUUGAAAAAAAAGGGAUGAUAUCAAAACACACAAUGUUGUUUUUGUUCCUUUCUGGUAUGUGUGAUGUUUUGUGGUUUGAUGUUUAUGUACCUUUGUGAAGAUUUGUCAUCCAGAAAAUGGAGCUUUGUUGUGUUUUGUUGUGCUGUGUUGGAUGCAGUUAAAGUGAGAAACCGACCAUUCAUUGAAAAGGUUCAGAUAAUGAGUUGUAUGUCAGACAGUAAAGAUAAUCAAGAUACAUAUACUCGAAUGUAAGAUCAUCUGUAACAGUAUUUAACAUAAUGAUACAAUUUUAAGAUUUCUAACCGUACACAAAAAAAAACGCUUUGGGUCAUUACAGCUUGAAAAGGAUCAUAGGACUGAUCGAAAGCUUGUUGGUAAGCGUUGUUUUUUUUGUGUGUGUGUACGGUUAUAAAGUUUGAAAUUACAUCAUGAAAUACAUGUAUUUGUUGUGGUCUUUGUGUUUUGGACAUUUACGUUUGCCAAAACCCUAUAUGAAACUCUAUGGGCUACUCCCUAACAGUGAUGAGUUACAGGAAGCCCUGAAACUUACACAAUUUGUGAUUUUUAUUGACAGCACUUUUACCACAUUAUGUACAUAUCUUGAGCUAAUUGUGAAGAACGAAUCAUGUGCGUCACUGUCUUUUGUAUGAAAAUCUUACAAUAGAUUUAAGUAACAGUUUCUGUAUUACGAAAUUGGUUAUAGUAAUUCUUUUGUAAUUUAGCCAUAGUGUUACAAGGAUAUGGUUCUAUUUGUGCUUUCAAAUAAUAUCUUAUCUCCUACAAUCAAACGUAUAUUAGUAUAACUACUAUUGACAUCGUUAUGAAAACAAAUUAGACACAAAAAUAUCAAGAAAAUCUGUACUUUUAAUAGACGUAAUACUUUACAGCAUUUACAUAUAAACUACGUUUGCUUUGAUUGCAAAAUAUACUGUUUGUUUUUGUUUGUGACGACAAUGUGCGCCUACUCUCUGUAGCAGGAACUGCCUAAAACGUGUUUUUGUCAUACAAUACAGCUGUUUGUGAACUUA